AUGAACCAAGGAGAAGCUGAGCAACUGUCGCCUGGGCUGCCAGCGGUAUCGGAGCGACAAGGUAUAAAAGCCAAUAACGGACGCAAUUUGUGUGCUACUUGCGCAGGCCUGUAUCCCAUUAGCGAUUACGGCGCAGAAUCACACUACCCUGUUAUUCCUUCCCGAGCUAUAUACACCAAGUUAUUCGUCAAGCAAUAUAGAUCGUGGUACGACGCAUGCUUAUCCGAUCACUCGAAGUACCGUCACUCCUCAGACUCAAAGGUCAAGCCGACAAGACUCAUCCAUCUCAAUGGACAUUCCGAAUUGGAUUGGCAAAAAGAAUCCGAAUACAUGGGACGCAUCUAUGCAAACGCUACCCUGAAUCUAGCCGCAACGGCAUCCGUAGAUAAUACCGAGGGUCUCUUCCACUAUCGUGAUUCCCGGGUUAUCAAACCAUUCCCUGUUUCUAUUAACUGGCGUUUCUGGCAUUUAGCAUAUAACAAGAUCAAUGACCGAAAGAUCCACUACGAAGGGAUCUACUACCUCCAGUUAGGAAGCAUAUAUGAAGAUGUAUUUACUGCUCUACUUAACAAAAGAGGCUAG